UGAAGCUGAGUGGCAUCAUCCAUUCCAGACACUCCCUGUCGUUGCCGCCUCCCCACCACACACGUCCACCCGCACCCACCGAUCCAUCCAUCAUCCCUAUAUACGCCGGCGGCCUGAUGCGGUGACACCCCCAGCGCUGCUCGAACGGCCGGAGCACGGAACUGUCUCGUCGGCCAGUUCAUCACCCACAAUUUUGCAAGAAGCUGUAGCGGGCGAUCGAUGGCCACGCUCUCCUCCUGCAGCCGCCUGAGCGGCACCGGCGCCGCGGCCAUCCGCCGCCACCAUCGCCGGCAGCCUGGCCGCUCAGGGGUCGUCGUCACCUGCCGGAGCUCCUCCUCGAGCAUUCGCGCCGCCGCCAUGGCGGCCCCGGCUGCCGUCGUAGAGCAGAAGGAUAAGGAGGUGUCGCUGCCGACAUGGUCGGAGUUCGAGCUGGGGCGGGCGCCGGUGUACUGGAAGACCAGCAACGGCCUCCCUCCCUCCCCCGGUGAGGGCCUGACCCUGUUCUACAACCCGGCGGCGACGAAGCUGUCCCCGAACGAGGUGUUCGGCGUGGCGUUCAACGGCGGGUUCAACCAGCCCAUCAUGUGCGGCGGCGAGCCGAGGCAGAUGACGCUGCAGGUCAGGGGCAGCGCCGACCCGCCCAUCUACUCCAUCAGGAUACGCGUCCCGCAGCACGCCGUGAGCCUGAUCUUCUCCUUCACCAACGGGGCCGAGUGGGACGGGCCCUACACCCUCAAGUUCAAGGUCCCCAAGCCAUGGCAGAACAAGCCGCUGAGCUUCUUCAACGAGGGCCUGGCGGGCGAGCUGAACAGGGAGGGCGCCUGCGACCAGGCCAUCUACCCGGACGAGAACAUCGCCAUCACCAGCUGCGCCAUAGACGGCUACUACGAAGAGGGGGGAGACCGGUGCAAGCUGGACAUCGUGAGCGGGUGCAUGGAUCCCAACUCGGACAUGUUUGACCCGAUGGCCGUCGUCGACGACGGCUCGUGCCCCCUGGAGUCCGAUGCUGAGGAAUGAAGGAGCUUCAGUUGUAGGGAGACAGGAAACGUGAUUGAUAAAAGAAACAUUACAAAGUUCGUGAUACAGGAGCAUGCAUGUCUGUCUGUAUGUAACACCGCACUGGUGAACGAUACGAUCACACUUGUAGUAGUGGAGUUGCGGAUGGUUGAUAUCGAUCUUUGCAAACUCUGAUACAAAACCCAGUCUAAACAAACAAAGCAGCAUGGACGCGUACACCACUA